CAUGUUUAUUGCUUUAUUUAACGGCCGGUUCUAAACUCCGUUAAGUCGAUAGAAAACCGAUAAAAUUGAGAAAAUUUUAUUUCCCCCCACUUGUUAAGUGAAUUUACGAGUUAAAGAAAAUUGCUGUUCUGUCUGUGCAGUGAAUAAUGUCCGUUUAGUCAACCACAUUCCAUAUAUUAUGGAGUUCAUGGAAACUACUAUGAAGGAUGUGGAGGCUUACGGCUGGUGGAAUUUGAAAAUACCUGACCAUCAGGUUGAAAUUGAUGAAGACGUAUUCGAUUGGAAAGUCAAAGGCCAUGUUGUCUUCAAAAAUGGCUUCGUCACGUCCAUCCAGAAACUGGACCUUAUUCAGAAUACCCUCCAACAGAUUUGGCGGUUUGACAACACAGACAAUACGACCAGCGUGUUUGCCCAGGCUACGCUGAGGAUGUCAGAUGUGAGAUUGGGGUACGACGUUGAAGUGACGUUGGAGGAUGGCAGCCUCCACCAUUUCACAGGGAUAUUUAGACACAACACCGUUCAGUUUCCCUUUGCGGUAAUAUACAAUAUGUUUACUGAAGAAUAUUCCGCGACGGUGACAAUGGAUACUUUACCAAGGAGCACGAACAAGAUGAUUUUCGCUCCUGCUACGUCUCUUACACAAGUGCUGUCACACUCGUAUGACGUGACAAGCGCCGCCGAUGGCAUGGCAUCCUGGGCUACAGAUGUUUUCCAACCCAUCCUCCUCAACGUGGCUCUCAACAAGGUCGAAUUCCCUCAAAUCUGUUACAACUGCCCCGCUUAAAACAUUCGCUUCUCG